AUGGUGCGCAGGAAACUUUGCACGAUCGUGGCUAUUUUCAAUGCUUUCGCAAUUUUUUUCGCCUCUAUUGGUCGCUUUGGGUACGCAACAUCACACCCUGGUGCCUUCAUCGUCGGCAACCUUUGCAUCGCCGUCCUUGUUCGGAACGAGUGCUUCUUACGGUCUCUUUUCCUUAUCCUUAACACUCUUUUUGCCAAGUGGUCUCCUCUUUGGUGGCGCCUUAGUAUCUCAUCGAUGCUGCAGCACCUGGGGGGUAUUCACUCCGGGUGUGCCUCAUCUGGUCUGGCAUGGAUGAUAUGGAGGACCGUACAGCUCGUUCAACUCUCAGGCUGGUCCGGUCCCGCUGCCAAUGCCUUUGGUAUCAUUACUUGCACAUGUCUCGGCAUUACGUUCUUCGCGGGCUGGCCCGUCGUUCGGAACCGUGCACACAAUGUGUUCGAAAGAUGGCACAGGUUCCUCGGCUGGACCAGUCUGGUCAUGACAUGGGUGUUCUCAAUAGUGGCAACUCAAUUCAAUACCACAACUCGUCAGUGGGAAUACAAUCCAAUGGCUGUGCCACACGCUCAGGAGUUUUGGUUUGUCAUCGGAAUGAGUGUCUGGAUCGUGCUGCCCUGGACUAUGACCAGGCGCGUGCCGAUCGAGAUCGAAAUUGUAAGCCCUUCAUCGACGACAGCAGUCAUUAAGUUCAGACGCGGUAUGCAGCAGGGACUCCUCGGGCGCAUCAGUCACCAUGCCGUCUGGGAAUACCAUUUGUUUGGAUUGAUCUCUGUAAGCCCGAAAGCGGACUGUCACUACAUGAUCUGCGGUGUGCAGGGCGAUUUCACUCGCAGUCUCGUCGAGAAGCGUCCGAAAUAUAUCUGGACACGUGAGCUGAAGAUCCCGCAUGUGUCCAAUACCUCGAGGCUCUACCAGAGGGGUAUCCGUGUCUGCACCGGUACCGGUAUCGGUUCUGGACUUUCGACUAUUAUGCAAAGCCCCAACUGGUUCCUUAUUUGGAUCGGAUCGGACUUCCGCAACACUUUCGGCGACACCAUUGUAGACCUCAUGGAGCAGAAUGUUGGCGAAGAGCGCAGGAUUAUCUGGGAUUCCAAGGCGCGCAAGUCUCGCCCUGAUAUCAUGAAGCUCAUCAAAGAGGCCUACGACUCUUGGGGUGCACAAGUCGUGUUCAUCACUUCGAACUAUCAAGGGAACAUGGAAAUGAUGGAGGGCUGCAAGCGGCUCGGCAUGCCGUGCUAUGGGACUCUCUGGGACUUCUAG